AUGCAGUCGACAGCUUUGGAAGGUGAUAUACCUCAGUCAGAACAACAAGUGCAAAAGUCUUCUGUGGCCGAAACAGCUGCAUUCAUUGCAGGUGCUGCCUCCUUCAUCAGCUAUUUCGUNCUUUGGAAGGUGAUAUACCUCAGUCAGAACAACAAGUGCAAAAGUCUUCUGUGGCCGAAACAGCUGCAUUCAUUGCAGGUGCUGCAAUUCUGCCAUUGA